UGUAUAAUGAUGCUCGUUGUUGCUGAUUCUGUUCAACGUGAUGCGUGGUAGAGACACAAAACAUUGGGACAGACCACAGUACUGUGAGAUAGAUAACGUCGGUAAAACUAUCAAAACGUGCAUUGUUAUUCAGUUUUCAUUUAAAUCUGUGCCCCCAAGCAGACUGACUUUGAGGGGCUGGGAUGGACGUGGACAUGGAGAGUGAGUGCGGUUCGUCUGACGAUGACAGCGUGGAUCAGGAAGAGCUGGAGGUGGCCUUGUACAGCCAGAUACACUUCGACCAUGCCGCAGGCUCAGAGGACCCCUGGCUGGCUCACAUCGACGGGCUCGGCAGGAGUGGGAGAAUCACACUUUUUGAGCACCAGUUCUCCUCCCCGAUUCCCGACGUGAUCAAGGUGUCGGAGUCGGAGAGCACUAACUCAUCUGCUAGCGAAGAGAACGACAGCGCGGACGAAAGGUCGAAGCGGCGGAGCCAUGUCAAGAAAACCGUCGGUAAAUCGCGGAUUUCGAAGAAGAAGCGUCACGGUGGUUAUUUUGUGGUUGACAGAACGCCCAAACACAAAGUGUCGGUCAAGAAAAAGUCGGAGAAGCUGCCUGUGAAGACAGAGUUUGCCGUCGUCCCAGAAGACGACUGCUUGCUCACUGAAGUGGAAACCCUGCCCGUGAAAUCGGAACUUCCGUUUUUGAAACUGGAGGGCAUCUCGGCUGACUCGGAGCCCGUGUGCAUCGACAUAGACUUCCCUCCUGUAGGGUCCGAUGUUCCCCUCAUAGGGACCCAGCUACCCUCUACAGAGACAGAUUUGCCGCCUGUGAAGGAAGAGUUGCCGCCUUUGGAGAUAAACUGGACGUUUAUGAAGCCAGAGUCGGGGCUAGUAAAGCCCGAGUCCCUACCUACAGAGACAGAGGAGUUGCCGCCCGUACCCCCGGAGGCGCCCCCUGUAACUGCCGAGUUGCCACGUGAAAAGACGAAGCGGCCCUCUCUUAAGACAAAGCGGUCUUCUGAGAAGACAAAACUAUCCUCUGUAAAUGAAGAGUUGCCCUCUGCUAAGACAAAACAGUCCUCUGUAAAAACAAAGCAGUCGUCUGUCAAUAAAGAAGCAAAACAGUCUUCUGUGGAUAAAGACUCAAAGCGGGCAUCUGUGAAUAAAGACACAAAACAGUCGUCUGUAAAAAAGGAAACAAAGCAGUCUGUAAAUAAAGAAGCAAAGCAGUUGUCUGUGAAUAAAGAAGCAAAGCAGUUGUCUGUGAAUAAAGAAGCAAAGCAGUUGUCUGUGAAUAAAGAAGCAAAGCAGUUGUCUGUGAAGAAAGAAGCAAAGCAGUUGUCUGUGAAGAAAGAAGCUAAGCAGGCAUCUGUGAAGAAAGAAUCUAAGCAGGCAUCUGUGAAAAAAGACACAAAACAGCCGUCUGUAAUUAAAGACACAAAACAGCCGUCUGUAAUUAAAGACACAAAACAGUCGUCUGUAAAUAAAGACACGAAACAGUCGUCUGUGAAUAAAGAAACAAAGCAGUUGCCUGUGAAUAAAGACACAAAACAGUCUUCUGUAAGUAAGGAAGAAAAACAGUCGUCUGUAAAUAAAGACAAAGACACAAAACAGUCUUCUGUAAGUAAGGAAGCAAAACCGUCAUCUGUGAAUAAAGAAGCAAAACCGUCAUCUGUGAAUAAAGAAGCAAAGCCGUCGUCUGUGAAUAAAGAAGCAAAACAGUCUUCUGUGAAUAAAGACACAAAACAGUCUUCUGUUAAUAAAGAAGCAAAGCAGUUCUCUGAAAAAACAAAGCAGUCUUCAGUAAAGAAAGAAAAAAAUCAGGCUUCUCUAAAGACAAAGCCGUCCUCUGUAACUAAAGAGACAAAGCAGUCCCCUGUGAAGACGAAGAAGCCCUCUGUGAAGACGAAGAAGUCUUCCGUAAAAUUAAAAUCUUGCUUCAUCAAAUUAACACGACUCGACGUGGAAUCGCUGGGCUUGCCUGUGACACUAGAACCACCCGCUGUGCCAGACUCGGAGGUAACCGACAGCCGUGCUGCGGGCCUGAUUCGAUUCAUGGCUCGGAGAAGAAGUAGCACCGCUACCGCCAUGAACGAGGAAGAGCUGGAUCAAGAUGAAACACUGCAGGCGCUGUUGUCUUCGAGCGAUGGUUCCCCCCAGAGUCGCGGGGGUGCUUCGCCGGCUGCCCGAGGCCAGAGAGAGUUCCCUAAGCCAGGGCCGUUCAUCAAACUGACGAAGCCCGACGAGUCUGAGCGGCCGACGAGGAAGGACAAAAAAGCUGUGACCAAACUGCAAGUUUCCGUGAGGCCCAGACAGCCCCCGGUCCGUCUCCGGAAGCCGCAGACGCUGAACGUCGUGUACCGGCAAGACAGUGACACCAACACGGACUACAGCGACAGCGAGGAGAGUGUCAUGUCGGUGGCCCCGCUCAGGUCUUUCAAGAGCAAGUCCCGCAUUUCUCCGAUACAGGGGAGUGGGAGCAAAGCUGCCGCCGUUCCCGCCAAGCCGUCUAAAAAGUCAGAAACAAAUUUGGGUGAUAGCGUUAACACCAGCACAUGUUCUCCUGAGGAGGAUAGGCAAAGUCCUGAAAGCUGUGAAGAAAAAGCUGUGAAAAGGGAAAAAAUCGGUGCCGCUGCUGCUGUCGAAAACAAGCCGAUCGACGAUGACAUGGACGAUGUAAAAGAAAUUCUUGUCGAUGAACCGUCUGUUUGUGAUGUGUCUUCUGAGAGUGGGAAUGAUGUUAGGGAGGAGGAGGAGGAUGUACAGGUGUUGGAAGACGUCAAGGAUGAGGCAGCGGUCUGUGAUGUGUCGUCUGACAGUGGCAGUGAGAAUGUGCCGGUGCAAGGAGAGGUACAGGUAGUGGAAGAGAUGAAGGAGGAGAAGGAAGGAGUGGUACUUGUGUUAGAUGAUGAUUUAAAAGAGGAGGAGGAGGAGGAAGAGGGAGAGGUGCAGGUAGUAGAAGAGGUGAAGGAGGAGGGGGAAGAAGGAGAGGUGCAAGUAUUAGAAGAUGAUGUGAAAGAGGAGAAGGAAGGAGUGAUACACGUGUUAGAUGAUGAUAUGAAGGAGGAGGGGGAAGAAGGAGAGGUGCAGGUAGUGGAAGAUGAUAUGAAAGAGGAGAAAGAAGCAAUGGUACAAGUAUUAGAAGACAAUGAGAAGGAAGAAGGAGAAAUACAGGUAUCAGAAGAAGAUGUGAAAGAGGAGGAGGAGGAAGGGGAGGUACCAGAAGAAGAAGACAAUGUUAAGGAGGAAGGAGAAGUACAGCUUUCAGAAAACGAAGAUUCUGAAGAGGAGGAGGAAGGAGAGGUUAAAGAAGAAGAGGAGGAAGAAGACAUGUUGGACGUAAAACAGGAAGAAGGAGUUUCGUCUGGUGAUGAUAGCGACAGUUCGAGUGACGAGGAAGAAGAUGACAGUGCGGAGACUUCGUCGUCGACCGACUCGGAGAGUUCGUCGGGGGCGGAUCAGGCUGACGAGUCUCUAGUAGAUCCCAAGUUGGAGUUUAACCUCGAGGGAGAUCUGAACGACUUACUGAAAGAGCCCAAGGUUGAAGAGCCGGAGGUGGACAACUGGCAGGUCAACGAGGCGGACCACUACCGGGUCACCACCACGCUGAGCCGCUACUUCUGCCCCAAGAAGAUCCAGUGUCGCAACUGUAAGGAGGAGGGUCAUCUGUCCAGGGAUUGUCCCGAGCCUCCGAAGCGUCGGUGCGUGUUCUGCGGCAUGGAAGGACACCUGUUCCAGACGUGUCCCGCCAGUUGCUGCCGCAGGUGCGACAAGCCCGGUCACAAUCAAAGAGACUGCCGGAGCCCGUGGCGCGACCCGACUAAGCCAUGCGGGAGGUGCUGGCUUCCUGGGCACUUCACCGAGAUGUGCCCAGAUCGGUGGAGACAGUUUUACCUGACUGUGGAGCCGGGGCUGCUGAAGCCGAAGAAAAGAGACAGCCGGCCGCCGAAUGACGUCAACUUUUGUUACAACUGCGGUAGACACGGCCAUAUGGGAUACGAGUGUGAGAAGUCUCGACUCAAUCGCUUUGUACCUCCGAGCUACCCGUUCAUCGCCAAGUAUGACGACAAAGGCCAUGCUGGCAGGGAGCUGCAUCGUCAGAUGGGAUGGGGCGGCAGUUUUGACCGGUCGCCAGAACGGAGACGCAAGUCUAGCGAGGGACACAAACAGGGUCGAGCUAAGAAAGCUCUUUUGGAAACUCCCGUUGUAAAACCCCAGCCGGAAGUGAGAGAAAAGAAACGGAAGGGAAAGAAGAGCAAAAGUUCCGAACCGAACGCCAAAAGAAGAAAGAAAGAGGAGAAGUCAGGGGACAGAACUCCGACAUCUCACCUCAGAGACACAUCCGACGCGGGUCUGGCGUCGUCUGAACAAGAACAGCAGUCGGACAGAACGGGACCCGAACCAGACCCGCGCCGGAAUGAGAAGAAGAAGAAGGAGGGGAAGGCAAAUCAGCACAUUUUCUUCGAGGAGGAAGACGAUCACGGCGACUACCAACAGGGUUGUGAGGAUCAGGGAGGGAGCAGAGACAAGGUCAAAGGCCGGGGGCGGAAGACGAGGAGAGAUUCGAAAGAUGGACAGAAGAAGAAAAAGAAGUCGAAGUCGAAUCGGAGUAGAGGGAAAAAGAGUCGGGCAGGAGGUCAGGGGGGUGCGGACAUUGCUCAGCCGUACAGUGACAACAACUCGUACAACGAUGGCCACUCGCAUCACCAGGGGGAGAUGGGUCAAGAGAGAGGUCAGGACUGGGGUCACGAGGGCGGACACUCGCAACCGCACGCCGGCCACAGGCAGGGGACAAAGCGGCGGUCGAGGGAGGAGGGACAGACGCCGCGGAGGAGCUGGAAACGACAGAAGACGACGGUGGAGAACUUCAGCAUCACUGUGAACAACGCGAGCGGUGGCGGUGGCCACCCGCAUCAUCGAGGGUUUUGGGGGGGAGGGGGCGGUGCGGGGGACUACAACUACAACUACAAAGGGCACAUGGAUUCGAACCGUUCCGGUAUGAAGCAUUUCGCCCCAUGUCCUGACCUGAAAGGUCAUCAUCAUCACCAUCAUCAUCAUAACAACAGCAAUGUGCCGAAGAAUUUCAGAAAUAAGUCUGGGUUUAUGUCGAAGAAUGCAGAUUUUAGGAACAUGUCUGGUCAGAUUAAGAAAAAUGAAACUCGGAGGAGAUGGAAAUAGGUCAACGUUUAUUGAGAAGUAUAUGGCGGCUGGGAGAUGAGACGGGCGUGCUGAUGUCGCCAGUCGUAAUAAUCGCGUCAAGAAGUGCCGUGUGAUUCAGAGAUGAAGGUUGUAGUAUUUUUGGAAAAGAUAUUUAUUACUUUCUGUGUUGUUUGAAUGAAACCAGUUUAGACAGUUUAUGUAUUUGAAAGGAUUUGUUGUACGUUGAAAGGGCCAGUCUACCGGAAACGCGAAUAAAUUUUAUUUCAUCGAAGCUCUUGGAGCCACCAGAGAGUGGGCGCUAUAGAGCUGCCGUUUUCUGACGAAACACCUUUUUCUUAUUCACAGCAGUUUCAAGAAAUCAGAUUUUUUUGUUUUUUUUAAUAAUAUCUAAACUAUUUUGCACAGUGCAUCAACAGUUGAUCUCGCACCCUGAAGAGAAGUGUCAUGCCCUGUGCUCGACAGAUAUCAUGAGAAAACCGAAAAUUGCUGAUUUCUUGAAACCGCUGUGAAUAAGAAAAAAGUGUUUUGUCUGAGUACGGCAGAGAGGGGAUCUGUAUUAUUAUUAUUAUUAUUUAUUAUUAUUUUUCAAAGCUUAGUCGAGA